UGUUUUUCAAAUCAGGAAAAAAAGAUUUACGAUUUAAGCUAAUGACAUAGGGCAUUCCAUUUUUUAAAAAAUGAUGUUGCAGUCAUUUUGACAGCUUACGAUCGUCGUUUGUUUUUUUUUUUACAUUUGCAAAAGAUAAUAGAGCAAAAAUCUUUUUUUCUAUCUUUCAAAAUUAACCCUGUAGGUGGGUGUCAAAAGAUAAUUCGUUAUACUCGUACCUCUUUCUGGUUACCAUAGCAACACAUUUGAUACAAAUUCGUUCCGGCCCAUAUUUUUGAACGUUAACAAUAAACAUGCAUUUAAAGUAUUUGGGCACCAUAUUAGAAGCUCAGCAAUGCGACUUCAAGAUAGUAGCGCUGAGCUGGUCUCCGAAUAACCAAAAAUUAGCUAUCGCGACCUGCGACAGGCAAAUUCUGUUAUUCGACGACAACGGCGAGAAACGGGACAAGUUUUCGACAAAGCCCUAUGACCCCGAGGCAGGCAAGAAGUCUUACGUUAUUACUGGUAUAGCAUUCGGCCCAGAUUCGACAAAAAUUGCGGUUGCCCAAAGCGACUGCAUCGUGUACGUCUAUAAAAUAGGCGAAAAAUGGAACGAGAAGAAAGCAAUCUGCAACAAAUUCCCGCAGUCUUCUCCCGUGACGUGUAUCACGUGGUUAACUUGCGGUCCCAUCAUUUGCGGCUUGCAGGACGGUAAAGUGAGGGCAUUGCAGACUAAAACCAACAAGUCCCAUAGUUUAUUUGCUUCGGACAGUUUCGUGGUUUCUCUCGCUCCCAAUUCUAAAGGAACCGGUUUCUUGUCGGGCCACAUCGACGGCAACAUUAUUCGUUUCUUUGUCACAAUCGACCAUAACGAAGAGAACGAUACUCAGGGGCGUGCUGCUUUGCAUCCGGUGCCCCCUUUCGCGCUUGCCUGGCCGCAGGGGCAUAUAUUCGCUGCAGGCUGCGACAAAAGGGUUUGCGUUUACAAUAACACCGGGAAAACUAGCAAAGUUUUCGAUUACAGUAAAGACAACGAUGAACAUGAAUUUAUGAUUGGCGUAUGCAGUCCUAGUGGACAGUCAGUGGCGCUGGGCAGUUUCGACAGGAUACGUACCUACAGUUGGAAUACGAGAAAAUUGAUAUGGGAAGAAACCCCUCCGAAAAUAAUAAAAAAUCUGUACACGGUGACCGCGUUAGCGUGGAAGCGGGACGGUUCCAAGGUCACCUGCGGAGGUUUUUGUGGAGCCGUACUGACGUUUGAAUCAGUUUUAAAAAGAACGGUGUGGAGGAACAAGUUCGAAAUCACCUAUGUCGGGCCGAGUCAAGUGCUGGUCAAACCCCUCGAUACCCCCGAUGCGGGGGUGAUCGUCAAAUCCCAACAUGGCGGUGAGAUCGAGGACGUUAAAAUUUUAGGCAGGGAUUCUUACAUGGUGGCCAAGACGCCGGAAACGCUCAUAGUGGCCGAUUUGCAGAAAAAUUUGUUAAGCGAGGUCCCCUGGAAUAACCCGGAACGAAAAGAGAAAUUUUAUUUCGAAAACACGAACGUAUGUCUCGUUUUCAACGCAGGGGAGUUGACCUUGAUCGAAUACGGGGUAAAUAGCGUCUUGUGUUCCGUAAGGACGGACUUUGCAAAUCCUCACUUGGUGAGCGUCCGUCUGAACGAGAGGAACCAAGCCUUGGAUAAUAAAAAGCUCGCGUACUUGUUGGACUUGAAAACCGUUUGCGUCGUGGACCUGGUGUCGGGAAUGGUCGUGUGCCAGAUAAGUCACGAUUCGAAAAUCGACUGGUUAGAAUUGAACGAGACUGGCGAGAAAAUGCUGUUUCGGGAUAAGAAGCAGCGAUUACUCUUGGUCGACGUCUACACGCAGUUUAAGCAGACGAUAUUCACCGACGUCGGUUUCGUCCAGUGGAUCGAAGGCAGCGACGUUGCAGUAGCUCAAUCCGGCACCACUUUGGCUAUUUGGUAUAACAUUGAGUUGCCGGAGAACCCGACUAUAAUGACCGUCAGAGGCGAAGUGACGGACGUGGUCAGAACUAACGGCAAAACCGAAGCCGUCUGCGUCAACGGCAACAACAUAUUCAACGUGGAACUGGACGAAGGACUCGUUGAGUUCGGCACGGCCUUGAACGACAACGACUACGGCAGGGCCGUGCUGUUUCUGGAGAGCAUGGGAAAAACCUUCGAGGCGGAAGCGAUGUGGCAGACGUUGUUGUCCAUCGCCAGAAAACAAAACGAUCUGACCCUUGCGGCUAGAUGUUAUUCCGCCCUCGGAGAUGUGGCGGCGUCGCAUUUCAUGAGGGAAACGCUUAAAGUGGGAGAGGAAUUUGCGCGGCAGCACAAAAAAGACGCGGAAAAUUCUCCCGAAGUAUGGGCACGGCUCGCCAUUUCGCAAGGUGAUUUAAACACUGCCGAGAGUAUCUAUUUGGAACAGGGCGACAUCGAAAGUGCCCUCGAUAUGUACAAAAAGCUACAUAAGUGGGACGACUUGCUCAGACUUGCCGAACACAGAGGUUACGAAAAACUACGCCACUUGAAAGACGAAUACAAGUCGUUACUCCUCAGUUCCGGGCAGUAUUUCAAGGUGGGACAGUUAAUGGAGAAGGAAGGCAAAUUCGAGGAAGCACUCAACAUGUAUAUGAAGUCCAACAAACUGGCGAAAAUACCGGCGCUGUUGGGUCAGCACCCGGUCCUCUUAAAAGACCACGCCCUCGUCGCGUCGGUACUGAAAAGCCUGCUGCAGAAGGAACUGUACGAGUCUGCUGGCGACAUCUACGAGAAAGUCGACAAGCCGGACCUGGCCUUGGAAUGUUAUAGGAAGGGGCGGGUCUGGAACAAAGCGGUCCAGCUUGCUCGCCAAGUGAGUCCUGACCAGGUGGUACGCCUCGAGGAGGAAUGGGGCGAUACUCUCGUGGAGAACAAACAGAUGGACGCCGCAAUUAACCAUUACAUUGAAGCGGGCGCCACCUUGAAAGCGUUGGACGCCGCCAAAAAGGCCGUGCAUAUUAUCAAAGUGGUGGAAGAUCCCGAUACCGUCGGCAAAUAUGGUCAAGUAAUCGCAGGUUAUUUCGUCGGUGUGAAGGAUUACGCGACCGCGGAGAAGCUUUAUCUCGCGUGCGGCAUGUACAAAGAGGCGGUUAACGUGUAUAACGAGGCGGGCCAGUGGGACAAAGCGUACGCGAUAGCGUCAAAGUAUCUGGACCAGGGAGAGGUGUCGGACAUGUAUAUAGCCCGGGCCGAGCAGCUGGAAGAGGCGGGAAAAUACAGGGACGCGGAAAAGUUGUACCUAUCUGUCAACUCGCCCGACCUGGCCAUUGCAAUGUACAAGAGGGCGGAGCAGUACGAUAACAUGAUCCGUUUGGUCGAGAAUUACCAUCCGAAUUUGCUGCAAACCACCCAUCUACAUUUGGGACAACAGCUCGAGGGCCAAGGGAAACACCGGGCCGCCGAAAUUCAUUAUCUGGCCUGCGGCGAGUGGAAAGCCGCGAUGAAUAUGUACAGAACACUAGGUAUGUGGGAGGAAGCGUACCGGGUGGCUAAACAAAACGGAGGUCCGACCGCGGCCAAUCAGGUAGCGUUUUUGUGGGCCCGCACAUUGCCGAACGAUUCGGCCAUCAAAUUGCUGAAUAAGUAUGGAAUCCUGGAGCCCUGCAUCAAUUACGCCUGUGAAACUUACCAGUUCGAUUUUGCAUUCCAGCUGAGCAAAGAUUUGCCCCACAAGACGAACGAGGUGCAUUACAAAUACGCCAUGGCUUUGGAAGAUGACGGCAAAUUCGCCGAGGCCGAAUCAGAAUUCGUUCUGGCCGAGAAGCCGAAAGAGGCGGUGCUGAUGUACAUCCACGCGAAGAACUGGAUGGCGGCGCUCAGAACGGCGGAAACUCACGAGCCACAGGCGGUACCGGAGGUCCUGCAAGCUCAGGCCGCUCAGUGUUUCAGAGACAAACAGUUCAACGAGUUCGAAGGGUUACUUCUCAGGGCUCAGAUGCCCGAGAUGAUCGUCCAAAAGUAUAAAAGCGAGGAGAUGUGGAUCGACGCGAUGCGGGUGUGCAAAGACUACCUGCCCCACCUCUAUCCGUCCCUCCAAUCAGAAUACAGCAUUUCGCAUCACAAUCAGACCACGGACGUGAACAUUGAGACUCUGUUGUCCAGGGCGAAUGAGUGGGCUCUGGCCGGUCAGCAUCGACAGGCCAUCGAUUGUUUGCUGCAGGUCAACCGGGGUAUCGCGGACGCUUCCAUCGUCAAGAGGGCGCUACUCCGAGCGGCCGACAUGACCAACAAGUUUCUUUUUGGCCAGGAAGCGGCGGACGUAACGAAGGUUCUGGCGCCGAGGUUAAUUGAAAUUGGCGAGAACGCGGUAGCGGCCCAACUCUACAUCGGAGCAGAAAUGAUGAAAGAGGCGAUCGACUCUUUCGUGACGGCGGAGGAUUGGACGAGGGCGCGAAAAGUUGCUAAAGAAUUCGAUCCCGCGUACGAGAGUUACGUAGAGAGCAAGUACAAGGAUAGACUUCUCAAGAAAGGCGACGUGGAGCAGCUAGCCGACGUCGACUUGAUAGGCGCGUUGGACUUGCUGGCCGAGCAGGGUCAAUGGGCGAGGUGCAUAGAAAAGGCAAAAGCCCACAACGUCGCCCCGGUCCUACACAAAUACGUCGCCCUCUACGCUGCCAAGCUGCUCAAGGAUGGGUUCGUCGUCGACGCUUUGGACUUGUAUUCGGCACACGGGGCUCCCGCGAUGCCCCAAAAUUUCAACAUUUACAGUCACAUCGCGACCGAAAUGUUUGGAGCUCCCUCGUUGUCCGGACCGGAAGCGUACGGGGUGUGGAAACAACUGGCUCAGAUGCUGCUGGAAAUCAAUGAGGGGUUGGACAUGACCCCGUCCGUUAGUUCGGAGACCAGGGAACAUUUCAAAAGUUUGCUGAUCAUCGCGCAUUAUUACGCGUUAAGGUGCGCCUGCAGGCAGACCGGGUCUUUGAAGUCUAUCGGCGUGAAAAUCAGCGUCGCUUUGCUUCGUUAUACCGACGUUAUACCCGCCGACAAAGCCUACUAUGAAGCGGGCAAAGAUUUGAAGGAGGAAAAUCGACUCUCGGAAGCAUUCGUUUUUCUGAACCACUACCUGGACCUGUUCGAGGCGAUCGAAGAAGGAGAAGGACAACUUGUCGAUCAUUCAGACCUCAUUCAAACAGAUUUCCCCUCAAAUAUACCUUUGCCGUCUAAAAUGUACCUCGCGGAUGAUCCGAAGGAACAUGACAAUGUGAAGGAAUGGGUUCUGGCCGUUAGUAUGGACCAAAAAGUUGAACAGGUGCUUCCCCUCGAUGAUAGGCAACUUUACGAGAGCUGCUUGCAGCCGGGGGAGCCUGCCUGUCUAAUUACAGGCUAUCCCAUACGAAAGCAGGCGGUGUCCUUCUCCAAGUCGAACUAUCAGGCGGGAAAAGAGGCGUGGGCAAAACUAAAUAUGGCCGCGAAGGUCGCCAGCGACUCGAACGUGCCCGGUGUAAUUACGUUUAUUACCAAAUGGUGCGGAUUGCCUGCUAAUUAAAUUUUAACACUGAUACUCUUGACGUAAUAAAUAUAGCUCCCUUAAAUGUA